UUUCUAUUCCUUUGUAGUUAUUAUUGUGUUCUGAUCUGAACAGAAGCAAAGUCGUGGCUAUCUUCUUGUGUAGAUUUGCCCGAGGAGAGUGUCGUUCUAUUUGGGGGCUGGGGAAAGGGCAGUUGUAGCAAAGUCGGGAGGUUGUAGGGUGAACGCUCUGAUCGGAUGUGGUUCGGUAUAGUAAAGAAAGGGCCAGGAGCGGGGAGGGGGAUAAAACGAUACUGACAAAGAGAGCCGGUGGCGGAUGGCUGUUGUUGACUAGUAAAAAUGCAAAUCGGAUCGGUAAGUGUAUCUAGCGAGGCGAUUGCAGCAUAUAAUGUGUAUAAAUUGCGUGUGUGGUGUGCGUGUAUAUCAAAACAGAGGCUCUUUCCAGAGACAGACCUGCUAGGCGACACAAAAGGAAGGUGCUCGGAUCGGUUGGCGACGGCGAAUGGCUAUCUCGAAAGAGCAAACAGGCAACGCAGGACGGGACAACACGAAUGCACGCACACCUCGCGGAAUGGAGGGCCUACGAAAGACUGGCAAAGGAAAAGAGAGGCCUCGAUAGCGGGUCACCAGCCUUCGGACAACCGUGUUUCCCACCGCCACCAGCAGCGUUCGGCGCCAGCCAUCAACACCAUCCCCGUCAUCAACAACAACACCGCCGCAGCACCCGCGGCUGCGUGGGCGGGCCCGCCACCGCCGUCCCCUCGUUUCUUCUUCCUCUGCCGCGUCCCGGCGUGCGCGCCGGCCUGUGGUGACGUAACUCAGGGCAGCGGGGCGAGGGGCCACGGCGGUCUAGACCGCCUGAGCGGGGCCACCCUUGCCGAUUGGCCACUCCAGUAGGUGGGUGGGGUGUGCAGAGCGCGGACCAAGAGAGGGAGAACGCCACCGAUAGAGCCAGAGAUAGAAGCAAAGGUGCAGACACGUCGCGGGGGAGGCAGAGGGAAAAGGGGAAAGG